AUGGCGAACACAUCGUCUCUAACAUGUCCACCACCUUUCCUGAACGAGGCAAGAUUUGGCAAUGGCGGAUUUGUCGACGGCCGCUUCUGCGCCGGCAUCUCUGACAUUGACCCUGACCUCAGGUGCUGCCUGCCAUGUCCUGCCACCAACUGGAUAUACUCAAACACAUUUACUACUUCGUACCGUGUUGCCGAAGGCAUAAACCUCAUCGGCUUUACAGUAUGCCUGUUUUUGAUGAUCAGCUGGGCCGUGCUACCCCCUAAGGAUACGCGGCGGCAUUACUUGAGCGUUGGCUUGGUCCUUGGUGCUAUGAGUCUCGGGCUUGGAUUCAUCAUUCCCUUCGGCGCCGAACCUGAGCAGUGUUAUGACGAAAUCACCCCAAACGACAUGUAUACAAGUCUGGAGUGCGCUUGGUCUGGCGCUUUCAUUAUUGCAGGUGGUCUUUCCAUUGUCGUCUGGAUCUUCAUCCGAGCCCUGUCGAUGCAUCUCCAAAUCUGCUGGGACCUCACUCCAGGGCAGAAGUUCUUCUACGGUUCUCAGGCGCUAGGCUGGGGAGUCAUUGCUGCUCUGUUCACCACUACCAUCACCAUAACCGGUGUCUCGUUUCGCUUCGGAGACGCUUGCCACGUCAACUCUCAGCACUCGAUGGCAGACUUUUGGGGUCCCUUGCUCGGCAUCGCCGGACUGUCGGCCGUCGUUCAACUCGCCACUUUCACCUACUGUAUCAACGUCUACCUCAAGAGUCUCUGGAGCGAUGACGAGACUCAGACCCAAAGCAGCGCUGGUCUUCCAUCCUACACCUCGAGCUUGCGCACUCGCACCAACUCGGCCAAGGCUGUCUAUCGAAGGGUCAAAAAGGUGGUAUGGCUCCAAUGGCGCGGUAUCGUCAUCGUCGUCUUCAUCCUGAUCGACGUCAUCUUUUUCUCCGUCGUCUUCGUGUACCUCGACACUCAAGAACACGACGCGCUCCAUGACCCCAAAAGGGUCCUGCCUUGGGUGCUUUGCCUCAUGCAUAAUCCAAACGAGAAGGAGAAAUGCUUCGACGUGGCCCAGGGCAUGCUUGUGGACCAAGCUACUGUGACGGCUGUCCUGGUCAUGCUCGCGCUCGCCGGAGUGCAAUGCUUCAUUCUUCUGAUCCGAUGGUCAAUGUUCACUGGCUGGAAAACAUGGUUCCAGGAGAAGUUUUCUGGCAACCGCGAGUUCGUCUCACUUGAUGCGCGCCGCUUCUCGUCGGACGCACGGACGUUUGAGUUGCUCAAGGUUGGCGGCCAGGCUUCUGGCUACGUAAGUACUGUACACUCGCCUGGCGGCGAGACAUACGUCAGCACCAUGCAAGCCAUGAAGUCACCCGAAUCAACGGUGACGACGCCAUCGGCCGUGUAUGGAAGCCCUCUUAGCGGCCAACACACGCCGGACUACUUUGGCAAAGAGGUGCAACGCAACUACCGCAGCCCGUCCCAAAGCUUCUCGACACCUAGGCCCCCAACUGCCAGCGGAACUCGGGUAGACUGGGAUCCAACAAGCACGCACGCAAGGGGUGGGCUCGGACUCCACCCUGUCCAGGAUGACUCGGAUGAUGACGACCCGAAGGCGAGGAUAUGA